GCCGUCAGGAAGGGAGGAACUACAAGCAGAGGAUUAAACGUGCGCACAAUCCUCUUGUCUGCAAAUGUUAAACAGAAACAACAGUAUUCUACAUUAAGAGGAUGUUUGCAUGUGCUCUGUUCACAAAUAAACGCCUUGACGACGAUUAACUUCACCGUAAAAAUAAGAGAAAUAUAAAAUGGCUAGCAGCUGAAAAUUGACAUGCUGUGGCAACAAUGUCUAAGAAAGAAGAUUCAGGAAAAAAGAAAGGUUCCCACCAAACUGAACUUUAUGCAGAGGUCCCUGCGUCAUGCCUGCCCAUUGUAUAUUCCCCAGAGUACAACAUCACCUUCAUGGGCCUGGAAAAGCUGCAUCCCUUUGACGCUGGCAAAUGGGGAAAGGUCAUUCGCUUCUUGAAAGAAGAGCAGUUCAUCACCGAUGAGAUCAUUGUUCUGGCUCGGGAGGCCAGCGAGGCGGACCUUCUUGUGGUUCACACAGCGCGGUACCUGAACAGACUUAAGUGGUCUCUGGUGGUUGCCACUAUCACAGAAAUCCCACCUCUCCUGUUUCUACCUAACUUCCUGGUACAGCGAAAAGUGCUGAGACCAUUACGAACGCAAACAGGAGGAACCAUCAUGGCCGGAAAGCUGGCAGUAGAUCGAGGAUGGGCAAUAAAUGUUGGAGGAGGAUUCCAUCACUGUUCAAGCGACAAAGGAGGAGGUUUUUGUGCCUAUGCUGACAUCACACUUGCUAUCAAGUUUCUCUUUGAGAGGGUUGAGGGAGUUGCCAGUGCCACCAUCAUCGAUCUGGACGCCCAUCAGGGAAACGGCCACGAGCGGGAUUUCCUGGAAGACAGACGCGUUUACAUAAUGGAUGUCUAUAAUCGCCACAUCUAUCCAGGAGAUGGAUAUGCAAAGAGGGCGAUUAAACGGAAAGUGGAGCUGGACUGGGGAACCGAAGACAGUGAAUAUCUUCAGAAGGUGGAUCUCCAUUCUGAAGGGGCACUGAAUGAAGCACGGCCUGACAUUAUCAUAUACAACGCAGGAACAGACAUCCUUGACGGAGAUCCUCUCGGGGGCCUGGCUAUUUCCCCACAGGGUAUCAUAAAGAGGGAUGAGAUCAUCUUCAGGGCAGCCCGGAGGCGAGGAAUCCCCAUCCUAAUGGUGACGUCAGGAGGCUACCAGAAGAAAACGGCCCGUAUCAUCGCUGACUCCAUCCUCAAUCUCCACAGACAGGGUUUGAUUGGUGAAGAGGCUUUAGAUGGUGCGGGACCCUCACAUGUGUCACUUAUGAUGAGUAAAUCUGUGUCAUCAGGGGCUACACUUGCUGCCAUUUAAACUCUCUUGAUCUGGGACUUCUUCAAGUGUGUCAAACAUGCUGCUAAUCUACCUAAUACAAACAUUUAGAACUAAUAUUAAAGGUUCUGGUCAGGGAUGAUCUGGUGGUUUGGAUUGAGAUUGACUCAGGAUUUUUAACUUUUUUUGUAUUUAUAAGUCAUUCUUUGUGAUCUUUUGUUAAAGGUUAGGGAAAAUCUUCCAUUUGAAUGCUUUUUUGCACAUAACAUCUUGAGAGGUUAUAGUUUACCCAUAAGAAAAUCUGUCAUCAUUGAAUCACCUUCGUUUCAAAUCCAUUCAGUAGUCUGAAAAUAUUAAAAAAGAUGUAUAAAGAUGAAAUUCAUCAUAUGGGCUACCACAAGUUGCGUAUAUGCGUGUUUGUGUGUGUGUAAAUGGAUAUAUGUGUGCAUGUAGUAUAUUUUAACUCAAAUUUAACUCAAUAUUUUGUUUCAUUUAGUUUAUGUUAAUGUUAGUUAUGCGUGCUAUUCUAAUGUUAGUUAUCCGUGCUGUUAUCCUAUUGGAAUUUUCAUUCCAAAAUGGGUGCUGCGCGACACUAGCGGCAUCUAGUGGCUGUUUUCCAAAUAGCAACAGAGUGUCGCCUCUUGGUGAUUCUGUGCUCUUUGGUGGAAGGCUGUGGGUCAUAUCGUUCAUUCGACGCCGAAGUAUAAACCAGCCUUAAGCCGCUUUUCCACUGCACACGGCAUUGACAUGACUGUCGGAUUACGCCCCCUUGUGGCAGUCGCAUAGAAUUUCAGUUUUGUCGUGCACCAUGGGAAGCUGGUUCCCAAAAUAAAGGAGUGCAAAAGCAAGAGCCUUUAUUCUCAGUCCGUUCACCAUGCUUGAAGGAAUGAAUAAAAGAAUACUAGAAACUCAUAGACCUCUAAAAAUUUGAGGGAAUGUGGAGGCAAGAUUAAAAAAUAAAAAUAUUUUUUAUUACUUAUUUAUGAAUAGAAUGUUUUUAACAAUAGACUUUUUUCUGAUUCAAAAAAUAACAAAAAAAACAACAACUCCUAUUUCUCAUCUCGUGCGCACGGACCUGCUUAGACAGCACUGGAAUACAUCACAUCCGAUCGGCCGGUCGCAUAAGCUCUAUUUGCUGGAGUUAAGAUAUUUUAACGGAUCCGCAGCUCAAAUCGGAUGCGAAUUUUCUGUAUACGGAGAUGAUCGGAACUCCACUCAGCUCCCAAACUACUCUCCAUUGGAAAUGAAUGACGUCCGGUUUGUCGUGUGCGGUGGAAAGGCAUCCCCAGUUUAAGACACACACAAACACACAAAAUAAUAUACCAUACCAUAAACCACAAGCUGAUUUUAUUGAGCGAUUUGUGGCAGCUCUCUCCACCGUUAAAUUAGAUUCAUUCAAUAUUAAAUUACAGCAUUAUGAAUCAAUUUUGGAGUCAUUAUGGAUUCCUUGUCGCUCAGACCCGCUCUCAUGCCUGGAAUUAUUCUGUGACAUUAAAUGGAAGUUGCUCUUAGAGACGUGGUUUUUGUGACCGGUUGGUUUUAGCGGCGUGCAGGAAUUCUCAUUUGUGUGCAUCAGCAGGUGGACCACUGUCAGGCUGAGUGCUUUCUAUCAUAUUACGCCUGGCAGGCUUUUUGAAAUGUCUUGAGGCUGAGGCCGGCCUUCUCUCUAUUAGGAAAUGAAACUCUUCAUUGGAGAGUCUGAGAGACAGUGCAGUUGGUUACCAGUGACAGUUCUAAAGCUGUGAUCUUGUCUGCCUCAAUUUAAGAAAAUGCCUCCUGUCAUCUAGAGAAUAAAUAGGAGAUGUUGAUACUCUUUUCCCUCUUUUUUGUUUCGAUUUUAAAUUCAUGUUUGAAAUCAAGAUUCUCAGUAUUUUUGUUUCAUGUGGUUUUAUUUUUAGACAUCAGGUGUGGAAAAAGCUACUAUUUUUACUCAAGGAGUUUAUUACUGAAGACAGAUUUGCGAUUGGGUUUGUCACUGUACUGGCAUUAUAAGCUUUUGAGUUUAUUUUAAGGAAGCUCAUACAAAGUGAAAAUCCUGUCAUCGUGUUUUUAUCUAGUCUCAUGUCUUUUCAGAUCUGUUUGUAAAAAAAAAAAAAAAUGAGAUGGACAUGGUGGCAGUUCUAGUUUAAAUCGCACCCUGUGCUGGGUUGCCAUUUUUAUUAAUCCCAUUGGAACACAUGUAAUUGUCUCAAAUAGACAAUUAAAGCAGCAUACAUUCAUUCAUUCAUUCAUUUUCUUUUCGCCUUAGUCCCUUUAUUAAUCUGGCCACAACGGAAUAAACCGCCAACUUAUCCAGCAUAUGUUUUAUGCAGCGGAUGCCCUUCCAGCUGCAACCCAUCACUGGGAAACACCCAUACACUCUCAUUCUCCCUCAUACACUACGGACGAUUUAGCUUACCAAAUUCACCUAUACCACAUGUUUUUGGACUUGUGGGGGAAACUGCAGCACCCGGAGGAAUCCCACGCCAACAUGAGGAGAACAUGCAAACUCCACACAGAAAUGCCAGCUGACCAGCUGAGGCUCAAACCAGCGACCUUCUUGCUGUGAGGCGAUUGUGCUACCCACUGCCCCACCGUGCUGCCUCCAAACAGCAUUCAAACAAACUGAAAUUUUACUAAUACAUCUGGACCUUUCUUGACAUUUUUGCUGCAAUGUCAUCAAUUAAAUCAUCAUAUAGCCCAUUAAGGUUAACCCAAACCCAGAGACGUUGCUAUGCAUGAAGCUCUACUGGGGCACGGCCCCCCUCAAAAGUAAAUGAAUGAUAGAUACUGCAUGAGGCAUGUUUGCUUUUACCAGUAUUGUUUUGGCUGCACAUAGAGAAUAACAUAUUUGCCGGUGCAAAAGAUGUCAAAUGUGAAUGGCCCCUAACAUCUUUAUUCUGGGAUUACCACUCUGAAUUAAUGCACUUGCAUAAAUGAAAUCAUAGGGCCUUGUGGUGGCGCAGUGGGUAGCAUAAUCGCCUCACAGCAAGAAGGUCGCUGGUUCAAGCCUCUGCUGGGUCAGUUUGCAUUUCUGUGUGGAGUUUGCAUGUUCUCCCUCGUGAUGGCGUGGGUAUCCUCCGGGUGCUCCGGUUUCCCCCACAGUCCAAAGACAUGCGGUAUAGGUGAAUUGGGUAAGCUAAACUGUCCAUAGUGUAUGUGUGUGAAUAAGUGUGUAUGGAUGUUUACUAGUAAUGGUUUGCAGCUGGAAGGGCAUCCGCUGCGUAAAACAUAUGCUGGAUAAGUUGGCGGUUCAUUCCGCUGUGGCGACCCCAGAAUAAUAAAGGGACUAAGCCGAAAAGAAAAUGAAUGAAUGAAAUUAAAUCGUAUAUCAAAGGUGGAGCACAGCCGUCUCCCCGUGCCGCCCCGAGCAAGAUGCCUCCUUGGGCAAUCGCCCCUAUUGCCCAUGCCUAAAUCACCACUGGAUGAACAUUGCGUUCAAAAUUGGUGUUGGAAAUAAUUAAACAAUACAAGAUGAGAAGGAAAAGCUCUAUUGCACUAUACCAGUAGUGUCCAAACUUGCUGCACUAGACCAUUUUUGAGGGGAAUGCAAUCAUUUUUUUAUAUACUUGCUAUUUUUCUGAGAAAGGAAAGUUUUGCAAAUGAAAAAUCCAAAUGUUUUGUGUGCAAAUGUAAGGUUUUCUGAGUGAAUUGAAAAGUGUCAAAUUUUCACAGAGGAGCGCAAAAGUUAUUAUAAUUUUUUUUAGAGAAUCCUGAAGUUUUGCAAGAGAAUACAAAGAUUUUCUUGGAGAAUGUAAAUGUUUUGCAAGUAAAAAGCAAGAUUUCAUGUGGGAAUGCAAAAUUUAGUGUGAGAUGACGAUGAUGUUUUAUAGAGGGGAAUGUUUUUUGCAAGUAAUGCUACAUUUCUGAAGGAAGUGGAAAUAUUUUGCAUGUAAACACAAAGAAAAUGCUAAAAUUUGAAUGCAAAUGAAUUUUAAGUAAUUCUUUAUUCUCAUUUGUAAGUCCCUAAAAAAGAUCUGCUAAAUGAAUAAAUGUAAAUAAUUACUAAAUAUUUGCUAAUAAAUUUGCAAAUGAGCUCAGUUUCUUUAAGGAACGCAAAAGAUUUGCCGGUUAAUACAAUUCCUACUACAAAAGUUUUGCAAAUGUUAAAACAUUUCAUUCAUUCAUUCAUUUUCCUUCGGCUUAUCCCUUUAUUAAGCAGGGGUCGCAACAGUGGAAUGAACCACCAACUUAUCCAGCAUAUGUUUUAUGCAGUGGAUGCACUUCUAGCCGCACUGUACACACCUGUACACGCUUACAUUCACACACAUACACACCACGGCCAAUUUAGCUUAUUCAAUUCACCUAUAGUAAAUGUUUUUGGAUUGUGGGGGAAGAAACCCACGUGAACACGAGGAGAACAUGCAAACUCCAAACAGAAACGCCACCUGACCCUGCCGGGGCUUGAACCAGCGACCUUCUUGCCGUAAGGUGACAGUUCUAACCACUGAGCCACCGUGUCGCCCUAAAAUACAAUUUUUCCUCUCCAUGUUUUAAUCUCUUCAUCUCAACCCCUAACCACUUUUCAUUGUGACGAACAGCGUGAACAUUGUCCAAAUUAACUACUUUUGUAUUCAAAGGAAAAGGCUUUAAAGCAACAAAAGCUUGAGUAAAUGGCAGACUUUUCAGAUUGAAGUGAAUUUAUCCCUUUUUAUUAAGUUUUAUUUCAAGCUCAAGGUUGUUAUUCAGGGGGCUUUUAGUUCGAUCUCCGUAAGGAGCGAGAUAUUAGUCAUGAGCUUUGUGUAAGGCACUUAUCCUCAGGUUGCAGAAGGUAAUUGUCCUGGCGCUGUUCAGCGACAUUGUGUGAAAGUCGUGGAAACUUUACCACCAACCCAAUUCAUCUGGUGACUAAUAAAGAUUUACUGGGAGCCGUUAGUGGCCCUUUUAGACCUUUCUCCACUAAAUUGCUCCUAGAGAACAGAAUAGUAUGAAACCACAGCUCUGUUUGUUUGAGCAUCCAGAUCACCUUAGCAAAAUUGCAUCAGCCAAGAUUUGUCUAGACUGUUUUUUUGGGGGGGUUUUUUUAUGGCGAGGGACAUGGGGAGAGUGCUAAUGGUACAAAACACAUAACCUUUAACACUAAAUAAACAUAUAAUGGUUUUAGAGCUACUGAAAUAAUAUGAUUACUUAUUUAUCAUGAUAUCUUUGCAUUAAAACUCUAACACUUUUAAAAUAUUAUCUUGUAAUAGUCAAGAGAGCAAAGCAUUCAUUUACCGAAGUGUUUACUCUAUUGGUAAUGACAAAAUUUGAGAGUUAUGAAUGCCUUUUUUAGGUCUUGGGUUGAGGUUAUAAGUCUGAUAUCGCACACAAACGCUGGAGGGAUCUUGGUAAAGAACACUAAUGAGUGUAGUAGGGCUCUUUUCGUCCCUGUUCUUUCUUUUUUCCUCUUUAAUGAAAGCCGUUAUGAUGGAUGUGAAUGGAGGUCACUUGAAAGACGUGAACCCUUUAGCUCUAGCCAGCAGUUUAAUGGAUACAUGAAAAGGACCACCAUGGUCCUGCUCGAACAAAUGACUUACUGAUGAGUUUUUCAUGUACGUAGAUCUAAAUGGGAUGUCAGAUUUGCUUAUUUUGUUGGUAAUAUUUCGGUUUGGGUAAUAACAUUUGAAUAACAGCUAGUCUUCUGUAUGAACACUAUUAAUUUAUUUCGAUUUGUGCUAUAGGGAUGCACUGUAUAUAUUGACUUAAAUAUUGUUAUCGGUCCAUAAAUGCACUUUUUUGUGUGUGUUAGCAGUUUGACACAAUAAAAAAAAAAUGUAGCACCCCAAAAGUAAAUCAUUGUCACUGUAUUUCUGAGCUGUUUGAUUUUGGAUUGUUUUUGUAAGUGGUUUGGUGAAAAUGAAUAUCUAGAUAUCUAUUUCAGAUAUUUUCUGCAGUUAAGAUUUCAAAAUAAAAUCUGUUUAUUAAACUUUUACAGGUAUAACAAAGUAAUUUUACAGAGAAAUUAUCAUUCCCAAAUAUCAUUCCCACCCAUACCCUCCAAACAAGUUAAAAUUACAUUUAUCUAAGAGAGAAAAAAAAAUUAUAAAAAUUGUAAUAAAUAAAAUAAAAACUAAUAAAUAAUUAAAAUAAAUCAAUAAAUAAAAAAAUAAAUACCUUGAUAACCCAAUAAUACAAACAUUAAUCCUCAGGUAUUUAUAAUUAAUCCUUAUGUACUUAAUUACAUUUGCUUUGCAAUUGAAAAGCCUUAAGAUUUAGAUUGACAGGUUGUAGACAUGCUGACAUGCUCAGAAAAGAAAAUUCUAAAUGGCUCCCAUGUUUCAGAAAAAGCCCUAGUAUUGCCGUUUAUUGUAAACCUGAUUUUUUUCCAAAUGAAUGAAGCUCAUUGUAUCUCUCAACCAGUUGUCAAAACUCGGUGGAAAUCUUGGUUACACUUUAUUUUGAUGAUCCAUUUGUUGAAUUUGAGUUACAUUGCAUCUACAUGCCAGCUUAUUCUCGUUAGAUUAUAGGUAGACUGUUAGAUUGGUGUAAGGGUUGGGGUUAGUUGUUAGUGUAAGUUGACAUGUACUUGCAAAGUUUCUCAUAGUCAGUUAAAUGUCCGUUGAAGGAGCAGUAUCAACAGAUAUUAAGCACACAGUCUACUAAUACUCAAAUGGACCAUCAAAAUAAAGUAUAACCGAAAUCUUUGUUCCCAUAAUAAAAGAAUACACAGUCUUGAUAACAGUGUCUAAAAUGCAAGGACGUUUGCAGUACAGCUCGAUAACCCUGCUAUAUUCUGAGAAAGUCCAAAAAGUGCAAUAAGAGGACACGGUUCGAUGUGCAUCUUUGUCCCAGAAUAGAAACAUUUGAAAAUUGAUAGCUAACAAGAAGUGAUUGAUAAUACAUGUUUUGGCUUUGUCUAAGUCUGCAGGUGUUUGAUAUCAGCAAUCACAUAUAGGGUCCAAGUCUUGAGAUAUUUUUGCCAACCUCACUUUUGUCAAGUAUGUUUGAUGAACAAAUUUUAAUUAGAUAAAGCAUUGUUGUGCACAGAUAGAGGAGGUAUGAUUGUGGGACAAAAUCUGGUCUGUAAGAUUAAGAAUGUAAGAUUAAGGCCCGACUCCCACUGUUGUUUAGAAAAAUAGUAGAGAAAAUAGUAGAGAAAGUGGAGAUCAACCUGUAUAAAAUAGACUGUAUACCUUUUUUAUCUAAGGGUACUUCAAAAAUUUGGUCAAGUUGAGAUUUGGAAGGUUGGUGGACUGUUCAGAAAAUCUGGAUAUGAAUUUUUAACAAAGUUUCUAAGUUGCAAGUAUCUAAAGAAAUGAGUGCUAGGAAGAGAAAAUUUUGCCUUUUGUUUUUGGAAUCAGGCUUAAUAUUGAAUCUAUAUUUAUGUUUAUUGGCCUAUAUAUCAGCUUCUAAAGCAUAAAUUAUUACAGUUACAUCCACAAUUUCAAUAUCAGUGCAUCCCUAAUUUGUGCCACUUCAUGAAACAUGUAUUCAUUUUAUGAAUUUAUUUUGUAAUGAAAUGUAACUCUCUUAUUUAUUUGUAUCAUAUCGCCUGUUUGAUGUAUAGAAAUACUUCAUCACUUGGGUAAAAUACUGUACGUUAAAUACACAAAUCUACACAGAUGGUGCUUUGUUAACAUAUAACAAAUGUGCCAAAUGUUUUCACGUCUUGUUCUUUUCUGUACACAUGGCACUUUUAUAUUUAAUACCAUUUCCAUUUAAGAACCGAGAAAAUAAAUCAAAUCUAACAACGCAA